AAUAAUGGCAUGAUACCCUUCAUUCACCAGCAAGUGUACAUUAGUUUUUUUUAUGUAGCCUAACACGUCGUUUUGAUACCACGUAUAAAUGUGGGAGGAGACUGGCCAGUAUUAUGCGUUUCAGAUGUCUGAGAAAGAAACGAAAGUGAAAAUAAGCAGGAAGGCGUGAUCAACCAUAUACACUGACUCCCAAUUCAUUUCCUCAUUGACCAGAACGAUCACGAUGGACGAAUAUCAUUAUCCCAUCAUUGUAGAGGGAAACUGGGAGUCUGAACACGUCAAGAGCGUGAAAAAUAAACUUCAGAUUCAUUUUCAGAGUAAGAAAAAAUCUCAGGGAGGAGACUGCGUCGUGAAAUAUAAUGACAAGAGCAACUCUGCUACUGUUCUGUUCAAAUCAUCUCACAUCCGAGAUGGCGUGCUCUCAAAGGCAGAGCACAUUUUUACCAUUGACAAUCAACAAAUCAAGCUGAAAGUGUACAAACCCAGCGAUGUAGAGGAACAGGCAGACAACACUGGACAACAAGUUGUCCGGGGGUGUGAAUAUCAGGAACCAAUUCAAAGUGCCUCUCAGACUGAUGUGGAUGCAAAGAAGCCUCAAGAGACAAAUGCUGUGGUCCUGGAGAACCUUCCAGAAGAUGUUAAACAAGACGUUUUGACUCUUUUGGUGGAGAACAUCAGCAGACUUCCUGAGAAUGACUUUAGCAUGGAAUUAAUACCAGAAUUAAGAAAAGCUGUUGUGACCUUUAAAAAUACCAAUGCUGCAGAAAAAUUUCUUCAGGACAGCAGGACACAUGAAAAGUUUAAGCAGUAUAAUCUGAGGGCCUGUGGACUGGAGAGAAGCACAUGUGUGCGGGUGGAGAAUCUUCCAGCUGAAGCCAACAACAACAAGAUGCUGCUGGAACUCUAUUUUGAGAAAUGGGGCGGUCCAGUAGAGAAAGUUAUCACAAUUCCAUCAGAGCAAGCAGCCAUUCUCAUCUUUAAGGAGGAAGAAGCCAAAGACAGAGUUUUGAAGCAAGAGAAUAACAUCUGUGAUGUUCCAGUCAAGAUAUAUCCCUACUUUAAAUCGCUGGAUACAGUCUUAUAUGGUGGCAACAGGCCACAUUUGAAGCUGCCUGAACCCAUUACAGUCAGUGUACAUCCUGCCAUCAGGGAGUUCAUCUUCAAGAAAAAGCAGAUUUCCUCUAUUAAAGACCAGAUGAGCUCAUACUUCUGCCACAUAAACAUGGACAAACCUGAAGUUUUGCUCAGUCCUGAUCCAACAUUACUGAAACAGAAAGGAGUUACCAGAAGACACAUUGAUGGCUGGAGUAAGAAUGCCAUUGAUGCCUUCAAGAAAAUCAUCUCAAACUACACAACAUCUGAGUGGACUGUGUCACACGCCUUGUGGUCUACAGUGGAAAGUGAUAUUAGGAAAGUAGUGAAAGAUCAGGUUUUUAUAGAUUUGGACACCUCCAAAGGGGUGCUGACACUGGCAGGAAUGACCCAUGAGAUAAUUGGACUGAAACCCAUCAUGGAGAAAUUUUUAGGGGAAGCAACAAAGCAAAUGGAGGGAGUGGAGAUUUCUCCUGCCAUGUACUCUCUGCUUGAACACGAUGGCCUGAAGACUGUUUCUCCACAUCUGCACAUUGACUACAACAAAAAAAAUGAACGAUUAGUUUUAUCAGGGCAUCAUACAGAAACUCUUGCCAUCCAAAAUUGGGUCUUUGAGAACAAAACAAAUAUGAAACAGAAGUCCUUACAGAUUAACUAUUCAAUCCUAGAGUUCCUGAGAUCAGUGGAUUGUGAUGAAAUGUCCAGGGAUCUCUUUAUAUCUCAUGGAAUAACUGCUGUCUACACAAUCGAAAAUGGAGAUGUUGUUGUGAUUGGAAGCACAGAAAGAGCACUUAAUGAGGCAGAGAAUAGGAUAAAUACAGUUCUUACAACAAAAGACCUCACUGUAGAAGAUCAGGGAGUCUUUGAAAUGACAGAGUGGCAGGAUUUCAAAAAACAGCUGGAAAAGUCUGUCAGAAAGAGAUCUGUGUUUAUAAACCUCUCUAAAAACAGAGACAAAGUAACAGUGACUGGAUUCAGAGAACCAGUGAUGGAGGUCAGUAAGGAGUUAGGACAUUUAAUUGAAAAACACACUAGAAUUGAAGAAACUGUUCAUGUCAAAUCACCUGCGGUAUCAGAAUUCAUAAAAGUCAGAAAAUCACAAGACUGGCAGCAUUUUUCCAAUGAGGUGAAAGUGAGUUUUGAUCCAAAGAAACCCUGGAUUAAACUGUCUGGAAAGCACACAUUUGUCCAGCCAGCUGUGACUCUAUUUAAAAAGUUGGCAGAUGGUCUCUGCACAGACACAAUGAUCAUUAAAAAGGCAGGAGCAAAGAAGUACUUCAUGGAGCAGGGUAAAAUGAUGAUCUCAAUGCUGAUAAAGGAAAAAAGAUUUAUGGUUGUUCUUCAGGAAGAUGAUAUGCUGGAUGCGGAGGAAGAUGAAUUCACUGAAGGUAGCUCUGAAGAUAUUGACCAGGUCUCUUGUGAGGUUCAAGUGCCAGGUGGAGUAACUGUUACUGUCAGGAAGGCAGACAUUUGCAAGAUCAGUGUUGAUGCUGUGGUCAAUGCUGCAAAUGAAGAUCUGAAGCACAUUGGUGGAUUAGCUUUAGCACUUCUCCAAGCUGCUGGAUCAAGUCUGCAGCAAUAUUGUGAUCUACACACAGAAGUAAAUGGUGCUCUGAAGCCUGGAGAAGCUAUCAUCACUGACGCUGGUCGUCUUCCCUGUAAAUAUGUGGUGCAUGCUGUUGGACCUCGCUUCAGUGAUUCAGACAGACGUACCACUGAGCAACGCCUGAGACAUGCUGUGAGGGAAAGUCUGAACCAGGCGUCAAGCAAAAACUGCUCCUCCAUUGCAAUUCCAGUUAUUAGCUCAGGGAUAUUUGGUUGUCCUCUUGAUCUUUGCACUGAAUCAAUCGCUAAGGAGGUGCGUGAAUACAUUGAAUAUCAUAAACGCAGAGGCUCUAAUAGCACACUAACUGAAAUUCACUUGGUUGACAAUAAUGACAGUGCUGUGAAUGCCAUGACUCAAGCUGUCAGAAAAGAGUUUGCUGCUUAUAACCCCAAAAUGACUUUCCCUCAUCAAUUCAAACCUCAUGGGUAUAGUAACAGUGGACAAGGGUAUCAUGACCAUGGUCGUGGAAACUACAACCAAAUUAACCAACAGUUUGAACGUCCCGAAAGCCGUGGAGACUUUGAAGGACAGCCACACUCAAUGUUAAGUGUUCUUGAGACCAAAACUACACAAAAGGGACUAAAAAUCAUUCUGUGUAAAGGGAACAUCCAGGAUGCUCAUGCCGAUAUCAUUGUAAAUACUAUAUCAGAAGAUCUGGACCUAAGUAAAGGUGCCGUCUCCAAUGCACUCCUUCAGACUGCUGGUCAUCAGCUCCAGUCAGAAAUCACCAGAGUUGCUCUCUCAAAGAAUGCGAAUUAUGGUAAAAUGCUCAUCACAAAUGGUUAUAAACUGAAAUGUCAAAAAGUCUUCCAUGUAGUUUGCCCAUUUUGGAAACAAGGCUCAGGACAUAAGGUACUCAUUCAGAUCAUUAAAGAUUGUCUGAAAAAAGCAGAAAGCUGGAGAAUGGCUUCAGUCGUUUUCCCGGCUAUUGGGACUGGGAAUCUUGGCUUUCCUAAAGAUCUGGUGGCCAGCAUAAUGCUGACAGAAGUCCAGGAACUUAAGCCGACAAACCUACGAGAGGUAACUGUGAUUGUACACCCUUCUGACAAGGAGAGUGUAGAGUGCUUUACCAGCAUCUUUAGACAUGGGAUUCAGGGUCAAGUACAUCGAUAUGACCUGCCUAAAAAUACCAUACCUGGCAAGUCAGCUCCGAAAUCUGAGUUUGGUUACAAAGUCUCCUCUCCCGCUCGUGGAGUGCACACUAUGCAGCUGGAUCAGGUGACUCUGAAGGUUUCAUCAGGAGACAUAACUAAAGAAAAAACUCAUGCCAUUGUCAACUCCUCAAAUCAGACAUUUUCUCUGAAAGCAGGAGUAUCCAAGGCCAUAUUAGAUGCUGCUGGAGUACAAGUGGAACAAGAAUGUUCACAGAUUGUGAGAUCAUCAAACAUGCAGAAAACAGAGAUUGUGACCUCAGGCGGCCGGCUUCCAUGUAGAAACAUCAUCCAUGUUAUUGGACACAGUAGUCCAUCUGACAUUAAGGAUGUUGUUUUGUCUGUUCUGAACAUAUGUGAGGCACGCCAAAUUACUUCUGUUGCCUUCCCAGCUCUUGGCACUGGUCAGGGAGGUGCAAAUCCAGCUAAUAUUGCAGAUGCAAUGGUCGAUGCAGUUGCCGAAUUUGUGAAGAAAAAGAAACCAGUGCAUGUAAAAUUUGUGAAGUUUCUUAUAUUCCAGACGAACAUGGUGGAAGACUUUCACCAAAGCAUGAUCAGAAGAUCUGGUGAGAAAAUAGAAGAGGAUAAAAGUCUGUUUACCAAAAUUAAAGAAUCUCCCAGAAAUGAAGAUUUUGUAAUGGUAGGCCAAGAAAUUGAGCCAGCUGUGUUUCAACUCUGUGGUGAGACACCAAAGGACCUGAGUGAAGCCAGGGACAUGAUCAACAGCAUGAUAUUACGGGAGCAUGUGACCAUCCCAAUCCAUGAUCCAGCCAUUGCUCAUUUCACCAGAGAGGAUGUAGAAACACUGAACGCCAUGCAGAGAGAGCUCACAGUCAGUGUCCGGCUUGAGAAGAAAGGACAAGACUCUGUCAUCACACUGGAGGGUCUGACAAAAGAUGUUCAAAUUGCAGACAGUCGUAUUCAAGACAUGAUCCGCAAGAUACAAAAGAACCAACAUGAAGAAGUGUGGUUAAGCAGUGUGGUUAAGUGGUAAUACAGGAAAAUAGACAGCUUUAAAAACUUUGAUAUUUUGACCAAUUAUGAGCUGGAACAGGCCUUUCAGUAGAGACAGCCUUCGGUGAGAAUCAAGAUUAACAAUGAUGAAUAUGAGGAUGAUUUCGUUCGCAAAGUGGCCAUGGUAAAAGUGAGGAUUGAAUUGAAAAAAGUGGAACUGUAAAGUGAGAUUAUUUUAUAAUUAAGACCUUUGAUUAGAAUGGCAUCAUGUACAAAGAUUACUUACUCAAGUUUGAGAUUUUUCAUCUUGUUGUCCGAACAGAACAGCACUUUUUGGAAAACUUCAUGAUCAAAAAGGGGGAACUGGAAUAUAUAUAUAUAUAUAU